AUGAAAUUUAUCCUCUGUUUGAGUGUCCUUGCUGGGACAUUUUUCCCCGCUCACUCAUCUGUGCAGAAAGAAGACCACGCCCCCUAUCUGGUAUACCUCAAGUCUCACUUCAACCCCUGUGUGGGUGUCCUCAUCAAAAGCAGCUGGGUGCUGGCCCCCGCUCACUGCUGCCUACCAAACCUGAAAGUGAUGCUGGGAAAUCUCAGGGUCAGAAUCAGAGAUGGGACAGAGCAGAUAAUUGACCCUAUCCAGAUUGUCCGCUACUGGAACUACAGUCAUAGUUCCCCCCAGGAUGACCUCAUGCUCAUUAGGCUGGCUAAGCCCGCCAACCUCAACCACAAAGUCCAGCCCAUUCCCCUCGCCACCAGCACCGUCAAGCCAGGCACCGUCUGUAUGCUUUCAGGCUUGGACUGGAGCCAAGACAACAGCGGCAGACACCCUGAUUUAAGGCAGAACCUGGAGGCCCCCAUGAUGUCUGAUGCAGACUGCCAGAAAACCGAACAAGGAAAAAGCCACAGAAACUCCAUAUGUGUUAAAUUUGUGAAAGUGUUCAGUCGAAUUUUUGGGGAGGUGGCCGUUGCUACUGUCAUCUGCAAAGGCAAGCUACAGGGGAUCGAGGUCGGACACUUCAUGGGAGGGGAUGUGGGCAUCUACACCAAUGUUCAGAAAUAUAUCACCUGGAUUGAGAACGUCACUAAAGACAAAUAA